AUGGAUCUUAGCUUUGCACAGGCAAUAGAGAAGAACUUCUCCGGACACGUUUCCGGCUUCGAAAUGUAUGCUGUCUUGCUCCACGAACAAAGACUUGUACAAAAUGUUGUAAAGGAUCAACUUACCAAGUAUCUAAAUGUCCUGACAAAGCCCCUCUCGGAAGAAGCAAGUCAUGCUCUCGACGUGAUAUUCGGCCAAGACACGGAGUGGAGAGAAACCGUCAUAGCAGACAGCAUUCUCCAACUAAUCGCCCGUCUCUCCACCAGGGUCUUUCUCGGCGACACCAUGUGCCGCAACACGGCGUGGCUCGAAGCUUCCAAGGCCUACACGGUGGCAAGCUUCACCAUGAUUCUCAAAAUGACAGCCCUCCCAUCCUCGCUCAAGUUCCUCGUUCCCUGGUUCUCCUCCGAGGCGAAGAACGUCUUCAAACAUGGAGACACAUGCCGCGCAAUCCUCACAUCUCUUCUCGCCGAGCGUCGAGCUCUGAAAGCCGAAGCCAGAAGGAACGGCAAACCGGAACCUGUAUUCAACGACAUGAUCGAUUGGUUCGAGCAGAAGAGCGGCGGGAAAGGGUACGAUCCAGCUCUGUUCCAGAUUGCGCUAUCGUUUGUAGCGAUACAUACGACCAGUGAGCUGCUAACGCAUACUAUAACCUUGCUGGCGAACGAACCACAUUACGUUACGGCAUUGCGGGAAGAAAUCGUGAGGGUACUGACGGCCGACGGGCUGACCAAGGCGGCGCUCGCAAACCUCACAUUGAUGGACAGCGCGUUGAAGGAGUCGCAACGAUACAGGCCCGCUGCAUUCUUAACAAUGCGCCGUCAAGCCCGACGCACCGUCGUCCUCCCCAACGGCCUCGUCAUCAACAAAGGCGAGCAAAUCGCCGUCGACGGCUUCAACAUGUCAGACCCCAACGUCUACCCCGAUCCACACAGAUACGACAUAUACCGCUACCAGCGCAUGCGCGCCAGCACCGACCGCGCCACAGUCAGCCAGUCGCAUCUCGUUUCCACCGGUCCCAACAACCUGUCAUUUGGACAUGGCGCACAAGGCUGUCCAGGCAGGUUCUUCGCUGCGAAUGAGAUGAAAAUCGCGCUGUGUCAUUUGCUGCUCAAGUACGAUUGGGAGUUGGCGGAGGGGACGGAUCUGGAAUCGAGGUUCUUGUUUGGCGAGACGGAGGCGCUGAGGAAGGGGAAUAGGCUGAGGUUUAGACGGAGGAGGGAGGAGAUUGAUUUGGAGGGGUUGGGGUAUGUGUGA